AUGUCGCGCAUCGACACGGUCGACCUCGAUAGUCGUUUCUUGGGAGAACCCGAGCAGAGCACAAACGCAAGUACAUUAGAAGGGAUCCUCCGACCAAUUCCAGACGGAGACUUCGAACUCGUGGCCCUCGGAGAAGAUCCGACCAGGGGAGUCAAGAUCGGAGCAGACCUGCCGGACCUGGCCAAAAGACAACUCAAAGCUUGCCUCCGCGAAAACACCGAUCUAUUAGAUUGGAGCUCCGCCGAGAUGCCCGGGCUCGAUCCAGAAGUGUCUUGCCAUCACCUGACUAUCGACCCCGCUUGCAAGGCUGUCGCUCAGAGAAGAAGAAAACAAUCACCAGAGAAAACGGCUGCGGCCGAACUAGCUGUAAAAGACCUCCUAGAGGCCAAGUUUAUAUCUGAGGCCAAGUUUGUGGCCAAAUCCGCCCAACAUGCCCUUCCCUUGUUUAAACUCUUGCGAAAGGAAACCGCCUUCGAAUGGACAGAAGAGUGUGAGCGCGCCCUUUUCCAUCUCAAGCAAGCCCUCUCCAGCCCACUGGUCUUAUCCCGGCCUGAGGCCGGAGAAAUCCUAUACCUCUAUCUCGCCGUAUCCACCGAGGCCGUCAGCACGGCCUUAAUACGAGAAACCCCGGAAGGCCAGAAACCCAUUUACUUCACAAGCAAAGCACUCCAAGGCCCCAAGGUCAAAUACCAGCAAAUCGAAAAAGUCGGACUCCCAUUAAUAACCGCGGCCCGGAGACUCAGGCACUAUUUCCUAGCCCAUACCAUAGUCGUGCGAACCGAGCAACCCGUGAAACAAUUGCUUGCACGCCCCGAUAUGGCCGGAAGGAUGCUCUGUUGGUCAUUAGAGCUUACAGAGUUCGACAUCAAAUACAAAGGAAGAAAAGCCCUUAAGGCACAGGUCUUGGCAGAUUUCGUGGCCGAAAUGGCUUUCUCCGAAACAACAAACAACAACGCCCGGAGAUGGACAUUAUACGUGGAAGGGGCGUCAAGCUCAACUGGCAGCGGAGCAGGGAUCAUCCUAGAAAACGGGGAAGGAACCCUCAUAGAAGUAUCCCUCUCGCUCUCAUUCCCAACAUCCAACAAUCAAGCCGAGUAUGAGGCCCUACUUGCCGGAAUGCGCCUCGCGAACGACUUAGAAGCCGAGGAAAUUGAGGUAUUCACCUAUUCUCAACUGGUCGCCUCCUAUAUAUCAGGCGAAUAUCAGGUCAAAAGCGAGGCCCUCGCCGAAUAUCUGGCCCUCGUACGAGAAAGACUAACCCGAUUCCGGAGCGCCAAAGUAAAACACAUCCCAAGGGAACACAACUCCCGGGCAGACGUGUUAUCAAAACUAGCUAGUACGAGGAGGAAAGGGGGCAACAAAUAUGUAAUCCAGGAGAUAUUGCCAAAACCCAGUACUGAAUCUCCAUCCUCACUAACACUCGUAAACCCGAUAGGGGACGCGUCCUUCUGGAUGACCCCCGUAUAUAAUUACCUAACUAGCGACCACCUGCCCGUCGAUCCCAAAGAGGCCUCCGUAAUCCGAAGGAGAGCCUGCUCGUACGUCUUGGUCGAAAAUCGCCUCUACCGACGAGGAUUUUCCAUACCCCUCCUCAAAUGCAUAGAUGAGGGCACGGUUCCCCACAUACUCCGAGAGAUACACGAGGGAAUCAACUUGCAACAUUUAGGAGGGAGAUCUCUCGCCCGGAAAGCCCUCCGAGCCGGAUACUAUUGGCCCACGAUGCAAGGCGACACCAAGGAAUACAUAAAGAAAUAG